AUGGCUGUAUCUAUUUUCAUACGUCCUUUUCGACGUUUCAUCGGCAUUAACAGUAAUAUUACCGUCUUAUUUCUGGAUACCACACCACAUUUGAAUACUAAAUCACGAGCACAUUCAACAUCUCUCAGUGAAAAUAAUGAUUUAUUUGAACCUGAAGAGAAAAAAAAAACAGCCAAAAAAAUAAGCAAAGCUAUGAUGGCAUAUAUGCAACGAUCAAAAGAACAUGAUGAAUUCAUGAAAAAGGAAAUCAUAGAAUAUCAAAUAGGCAAAAGACAUUUGGCUAAUAUGAUGGGUGAAGAUCCAGAAUUCUUUACACAAGAAGAUGUAAAUAGAUCCAUUGAAUAUCUUUUUCCAUCAGGACUAUUUGAUUCUAAAGCUCGACCAAUGAUGCGACAUCCGGAUGAAAUUUUUUCAAACAGAAAAGCAGCAGAAUUUGAUGAAACCGGAAGACCCUUUCAUUCUAUGUUUUAUACCUAUAAACCAAAUUAUUACGAGACACUUUAUGUUAGUCCUGACAAUUAUACUAAAAAUAUUGUGGGAACGAUCCAGUCUUUGAAUAACAUUGAAGAUUCAUUAAUAAAACAAGGAACAGUACCUAUGGAUAAAAUGGAUUUAAUAAGUUCUGUGUGGUUAACAAAAAUGGAUAUUGAAAAAUUAUUAUCCGAAACUCUUAAGGCUGGUGAGUAUUACUAUCUUAUUACAUCAUUAGAGCGACUAUGCAAUCAUCCCUUGUCAAAACGUGCACAGGAUUUUAUUAUGAAAUAUCGUAAGAAGCUCGUUAGUCACAUCAGUGAGAUAGUAAUACCGUCUCUGGAACAUGACAACACAGGAAGACCAUAUAUCACAGUGAAAAAUUGCAUGAGAAAAAGUACAAGAGGUGAAGUAACAAUUUGGGGUAACGGGUCUGGAAAAAUUACUAUCAACGGACAAGAUAUCACAUACUUCGAAGAUAUGCAUUAUCGAGAGCAGUUAAGUGCGAAGUAA